GAUGUUUGUGCCACACUGAAAAGUGCAAGUCCAGUUCCACGACAGUGCAUGACCCGCAGAUUCUGUCCAUCUGUACGGCGUGAAGUCUCCGUGGUCAUCUGGGGCUGCAUCAUUAGGAAAGCAUGUGGUGGAGUAAUCCUAGCCAGUGUGUUCACAUCUGGAGGCUUGGGUUAAUAUCUGGGUCAGGUCACUUGGGGUGAGCCCUGGUGCUCUCUGCGUGGCUUCUGGUGCUUUGUUUUACCACCCUAUUCAUAGUAUUUCUUUACGAAUUGUAAGGAACUAACCUACCUGUAUGAUAAUUGCAGCUUUCUGCCAACUAGUAAUUGUGCCCGACUCCUUGCCACUCCAACCAGUGCACCUGUACCACUCCCUGAGUCUCUUCCACCAGUCCUUCCACCCUUUUUGACAUUUUAGGGCCACUGUGCUUCAAUGCUCAAGUGAGCAAAACAAAGUAGUCGUGUUCAUUUUUGGCAUUGUGUCAUUCUGUCCAUUUCCAAAAUUGUGUCAAGUCUAAGAAGAAAGAAAAUGCUGUGUUCUUAAUUUCAAAGACCACAGAGCUACCCUCGGCCACGGCCAACAGACUCUAAAAUGGGUCGGGCUUUUGACAUUAGCUGUACUACAAUAUGGAAGUCAACCAAACAAAUCAGCCACGUUUGUGGCGUUGUGCGUUAAUAUAUUCAUUUCCAAACAUGUAAGAGGGGAAAAAAUAUUGUGCUAGCUCGUAUCGACCAUGACCAACAGGGACUCUGAAAUCGGUUGCACAUUUGACCAUUUGCGGCCAUCAUACUUGGAUGCUAAAUAGAGCAAAUCAAAUCGUUUGUUUGAUGACUUAGGUGUCAUUCUGUCCAUUUCCAAAAGUCUGAGGCCAUGUCUACACAGAAAUGGACCCAAUAAAUUUCUUUUUAAUUUUAAAGUUUCCCGUAAACAUUAAAUCGUUUCAAGAAAUGUGUGUGUGCAUGCAGAAACUCAAAUGCUGUAGUUAUGUGCCAAGCCUGAAGUGGCACUGUAACGCUGCCACAGGAGUCGCCUAAAAGAGAGAAGAAGCAGCCCGUGUGAUGUAAACUUAUACUAGCUGCAAUGGGGGGGAAUGCGAGGCAAGCAAGGAAAGCGAUAUUUGUGUGGACUGACAAGCUCAUAGUGGAGAAGACCACUGACUUUCCCUCUACUGAGUUCUCUCUGGUGGAGGAUGUCGCCCUUCACUUCACCUGCUUGAUGGACCGGCUGAACGAGCAGCGCCUCUUCCAGCCCGACCUGUGCGACGUGGACAUUGUGCUGGUGCGCCACCACAGUACCUUCCCGGCCCACAAAGGCGUGCUGGCCGCCUAUAGCCCCUUCUUCCACUCGCUGUUCGCCCGCAGCAAGCAGCUGCGCCGCGUGGACCUGUCGCUGGACGCGCUGACGUCGCAGGGCCUGCAGCAGGUUCUCAACUUCAUCUACACGUCCAAGCUUUUAGUGAGCAGCCGCACGGUCGCAGACGUGCUCAACGCCGCCACGCUGCUGCAGAUGAGCGACAUCGCCGCCUCCUGCCGCCAACUCAUCGGCAGCCGGUCUCUGCGGAGCGCCGACAUGGACGACCUGGACGGAUGUGGGACUGCAUCCGGGCAGCUUUACCGGGACAUCAAACAGGAGUGUGGUGGCGACGAGGAGUCCAAGACAUCGGAUCCUCACGCAACAUUCAACAAAGAUCAAAUCAUCGUGGAAGUCAACCUCAACAACCAGACGCUCAAUGUGUCCAAGGGUUCCGAGGGCGGCAAAGAGGCGGGAGUGUUCUGCGGUUGCGACGGGAGGGAAACCGAGGACGACGAAGCGGAGAACGACCUGAAGAAAGAAACAGACAUGUUGGGGCAGAGCACUGAAGAAGAGGAGGAUGAGGAGGAGAAUGUCUUCGAUGUUCCGGCGGUCGAGCCAGAUUCGGGGCGUCCUCGCAGGGCGCUUGCCGUGGCGGUGACGCUCGCCCACCGGCGUCCGGGAGACGCAGAGGCAGCGGGCCCCAAGGCGAGGCUGGAGGAGAAGCAGCAGUUCUUAUGCAAGAAGUGCCCACGCGUCUUCAACAACCGCUGGUACCUGGAGAAGCACACCAGCGCCACGCACAGCCGCGCGCACGUCUGCGCCAGCUGCGGCAAGAGGUUCCUGCUGGAGAGCGAGAUGCUGCUGCACCAGCAGACAGACUGCGAGAAGAGCAUCCGGUGCGUGGCAUGUGGCAAGGCCUUCAAGAAGCUGUGGUCUUUGCACGAGCACAACAAGGUGGUCCACGGCUACGCCGAGAAGAGGUUCUCUUGCGAGAUCUGCGACAAGAAGUUCUACACCAUGGCGCAUGUCCGCAAGCACAUGGUCGCCCACACGAAGGACAUGCCGUUCACCUGCGAGACGUGCGGGAAGUCAUUCAAACGCAGCAUGUCCCUGAAGGUGCACUCUUUGCAGCAUUCUGGAGAGAAGCCCUUCAAGUGUGAGAACUGCAGUGAACGUUUCCAGUACAAAUACCAGCUGCGUUCGCACAUGAGCAUCCACAUUGGACACAAGCAGUUUAUGUGCCAGUGGUGCGGCAAGGACUUCAACAUGAAGCAGUACUUUGACGAACACAUGAAAACCCACACUGGAGAGAAGCCGUACAUCUGCGAGAUCUGCGGAAAGAGCUUCACAAGCCGGCCCAACAUGAAGCGCCACCGCCGCACCCACACAGGAGAGAAGCCGUACCCAUGCGAGGUGUGCGGGCAGCGUUUCCGCUUCUCCAACAUGCUCAAGGCGCACCGGGAGAAGUGCUUCCGUGUCAGCCAGCCGCCGGAUGACCCUCUCGGCUCGUCUGGUCCGGUGAAACCAGAGCGGCAGCCAGAGCAGAUGCCGUCCUCGGAGCCUCCCCUGCUUCACCCCAUGGGGGGGCUACCUCCCUCAACACGCAUACACCCUCUUCCACCGCCUGCCCUCUUUUCUGGCGGUAGGAUGAAUUCCAACACCUGAAGCAUCGAAAGCGGCGGCAGGCGGUUCCAGUGCGACUCAGCAAUAAUAACCAAAAGGUGAUGUGUUUUUGAGAAUAUACACUACUAACAAAAGGUUAAGGAUAUUGGGCUGCUGGGUGAAAUUCAGGAUGAAUCUUAAAUGUGCUACAGCGUUCCCCCCGUCUAUUUGCAGUUUUUGUGGUCUUUCUGAAACUCCCCAACAUGCCACAAGAUAGCACCAAAGGCCUGGCAAAUAGAAAAGUAGUGCUUUGGCUCAGUCUUGUGGCAUCUGUAGGCAACUUUAAGCCUUUUCAGGGGUCAGCUACCAGCGGAGAACAAGCAAGUUGUGCAAAAAGUACUCAAACAUUGAGCUGUUGGACAUGUGCAUUCAAAAGUUUAGAGAAGGUCAAGUUAAGUUCACCUCCUCAGUUUAUAGUGGAUUAUAGGUUCAUCUUAAAAUUUCACCCAAAGCCCAAUAUCCCUAACUGUUUGGGAGUCGUGUGUGUGUGUGUAUGUAUACACAAUAAUCAAAUCUCAUUAGCUCACAGCUAUCUCACGUUAUAGUGUUUAUAAUCCGCCUUGCACCUUACAUUUAACGACGUAACCGAAAUGUAACCCUCACUGUUUCCAUUAUUAGAACUGUGUGUGUGUGUGUGUGUGUGUGUGUGCAUGCGUGCGCGCAAUUUGUGGCGUGAUUUGUCGCAGUAAAGAUGGUACUUGGAAUGACUAAAAUUUUGUCAAUUGUUGAAAACAGGGGUGGGCAAAGCUUUUAAUUAAUUCAUUUUGAUUGACAUAUUUAGAAUUUAAGUAGAAAUUAUAAAAAAAGGAGAAUACAUUAUUUCAUUAUUAAACUAAACUAUUUUACUUUUUUUUGUCAUUUACAAAUGAUUUGGCCCAUCUGUCUGUUAUAAUCAAAUCUCUAGCACAAAAGUUUGCCCACCCUUGGUCUAUAUGAAAAAAAAAAAUCAUAUUUGUGCGAGAAUCCUUCUGAAUGUUCUGAAUUCCUGUUUCCAUGCCAGUGUUGGACUGAGCAGAUGAAUGUUGCCCAGAGUAUUUGACUAGUAGAUGUACAGUAGCUAAAUUUUACUUCUUUAGACAGCAUACUAGUUGAGUGAAUCAAGUUCCACUUCUAUCACGCUACUGUACGCUGUCAAGCUGGCUGUGUAUCAGCUGCUGGCCAACGCUAGCUACUCCUCGGCUAAUAUGGCGGCAUCUUGUGGCGUUACAGAAAGAGCAUAAAAAAUAUACAGAUUGAUGCGGAUAGCUGAGUUUUUCAGCGGUUAGUUAGUUAGUUUAUCAAAAAGGUUUGAGAGUUCGCGAAUGAAGAUUUGCAAAUAGAUGGGGGUUCACUGUAAUUGAUUAUUAUGUCCGUCCCUAGUUGACAUCUAACAUCUAAAAAGACCAAGUCCUACUGAUCCUGAGCUCGCCAUUAAAAGGCCAAAUUUUUGCAGUAUUUGCACUUUUGACAAUUAUUUGUCACAAAAUCAACUGGGCCCAACGGCAUGAAAAUGAAAUCCCGCCGGGUAAAUGCAAAUUCGGACAUUUUAAACUGGGAAACAGUUCGUUCUCAUAAGAUAAUAAACCCUUAAUAAAUUCUUUUGAGUUAUAUAAAUGUUUAGAAAUGUCGUUUGAGUUACCGUCCAUUGCAAGUGAACUCAAAGGAGGUUAGGAACUGAAAAAGAAGUAGACACUGCCACAUUAAUAUCACUUUUUUUUAACUAGUUUCGCUUCAUUUUGAAGUUUGCAUUCCAACAGUAUUGAAACAAAGCAUUGCACUGGGAAGCUAGCUAGCUUGUUUUUUGGUUUUUAUACUCAACACUCGCUAGUUAGCUAAUUUGGCCAAACUAAAUCAAAGUACAGUACCAUAAAUGACAUGUCAUAACUUAGAUAUAAGAAGGAAAUUUGCCAAGUUAACUGGCUCCGAAAACACAAAUUAUUUUCUCUACUAACUUUAGCCAAAGUAUGCUAUAAAAAAAAAAAAAAAAGACUGCACUAUCUACGCACUUAGCUUAGUUGUUGUGUAGCAUUUAACUGUAAAUAUUGUUACCCUUAGUAAGCAAGCGAAAAAGUUGAGAACAAUCUUUUGUAAAUCUAAUAUGCUUUUUUGGGUUUCAUUUCAAAGACAAAGCACCUUGGUGAAUCUUAAGCUUCCCCUUUUUAUGAUUUCAUAGCUCCGGUACAUUUUGUUGUAUUUUUAUGUUUUUUUUAAUCCCUUUUCUUUGCUGCUUUUGUACUACAGGGUCCACUUAAAACCCUUAAAAUGCACUCAUUCCUGCACUAAAAUGAGAGAAAAUAUUUGAUUCUACAUGGUAAGUUUGUGACAAAACGUUGAUAACCUGAUAUACUGUAUCUUGUACGUUAUCUCUUAUUAUAAAAUAUUGAUACAACUGACUUUAUUUUGAAUAUAGAAUUACGAGACAGAAAAUGUAUAUAGUUUUUGCCUUUUUCAGUUCUGCUGCUAUCGCGAUCAAUAUAUUUUUUUCCACACAAGACAAGUUUUGCAAGCUAGUCAUUGUGAGUUUAACACCCCUACUAUGUAGAGAAACCCCCUUCGAUAUUACAAGAAAAGGCUCAAAUCGUAAUACUGUCGUCAUUUAUUUUACAUUAUUGUUUCAAAAAGCACUAGCCCAAAAGUACAGCUUGCGCAAUUACCAAAAAUCAGAACGGUAUGGGGCAAAAAGGCGUCAUUUAUACAGUACGUCAAAAAAAAAAAAAAAAAACUCCAGUGUAAUGUUAUCAGAAGGUAUAGAAUAAUAGUUGAAAUUGUAUAAGGAAAAAUGUAAAGCUACUUCUGUAACAUUUUGACUUGAUUCUUGUAAAUUGUAGUGCUGUUUAUUUUCGUAAACUAACAACUUUAUUCUCGUAACAUGAAGGGCGCUAUAUUAUUUUAUUGUGCUGUGUUUAUUUUCGUAACAUUACUACUUUAUUCUCAUAACUAUCCCAAAAGUUUGAAUUGCGUACCAGUAUUGGCCGAAUGUGUUACAAGUAUCAAGGGCUACAAUGACAAAAAAAACAACACCAAAAUAAAAUGUGACGUUACAAGAAAUAGUUGCAUAUUUACUUUACUCUCGGAACUGAAUCCUGCAGUAUUUUUGAAAGAAAAUACCAACAUAUAGUGUAGUGUUAUGUAUUUCCAUGAGGAGAAAAAAAAUGAGCGAAAAGUUGGUAUUCUACAAGAAAAAAAUAUAUUUUAAAAGAAUUCAGUUUAUUUUGAUUCUGAUUUUAUUUUCAUCGCAUUGUCAUUUUUCGUAUUUGUUUUCUUUGCAGCGUGGUGCACGAAUACACUUGUGUACAAAAAAAAUCCUGAAAUCCAGUGGUUGUAGUUUGACGAGUUGUUUUCCUUCCAGUGCGAUGGUUUUUGAACGUCGUCGUACGGCAGGUGAGAAGGACGAAUAGUUCAAGCUACUGAUUUUUUCUCGGUAUGCCACAGCUGAUUUUUGACGCACGAGCCUACAUAUCGUCACGAUCCUUAAAAAGCAUGUAGCUCCCAAAUGUUUUAUUCCGAAACACAAAAAUGUUUUGUUAAAAAUAAAAAAAUAAAAAAACACAAAAUCUGCAGUUAUUGAAAA